AUGGCCCUUGUUAGUGAAGAAUGUGCUAAUAUUUUAAGUUGCAAUGUUAAAUCACUUAGAACUCUUCUAAAUCAUCCAGAAAAUAGAAAAUUAAUUCUGAAAAAGCUCCAAGGUCGCAAAGUUGAAACGACAUAUAAGGACAAUAACGGAAUGAAAAAAAGUUUUAUAAUUGGUGGUUUAUCAAAAGAGGGAGCAAAUGUGAUACCUGCAUAUGGAAGACUAUCAAAACCUUUCAACAUUUCUGUCACAGCACAUUAUUAUGCAAAGCAUCGUAUCCGUCUUCACAACCCCUAUCUUCACUGCAUUAUCGAACAUUUCCCUAACAAGACAGAAUCUUUCAAAGAAAAUCGAUACUAUCCUUUGGAGUUACUUGAACUUAUUAAAGAGGAAGAGGAAAUAGAAAAAGUCUAUAAAUAA